AGCUGCCGUCGAGGAGGGAGGAGAUGCUCAGGGGUAGCCUUGCGCGAAUCAAUGACUUUCCUGCCCUUUCCGGGCGCGGUCCUUUGAGCUCCGCCCCUGACGUUUGAGGGCAUGCUCCUUCGUGGGCCGUCAGGGAGCCUUUGGCACGUGUUCCGGGCGCCAGGACCCGCGUCUUCAGAAAGGUCUGAGAGAGAGAUGUGUGAAGAGUUGGUCAGCCCUUGCAUCGUGCAGCGUGGCCGCCAUCGACUGUGUGCAACUUUACGGGGUGACAGUCACCCUGAGAGCCCUGGUGUCCUGAUGAAGUCUUUAGAUGUGGAUCUCUCCUUCCCUCAGCCACCGCCAGGCUCCAGCUUCUUCAGUGGUACAAAGAGGGGUGCACUGUUUCUCACCUCAUAUCGGGUGAUUUUUGUGACUUCACGUUCAGACAAUGAUCCCAUGUUGUCUUUUAUGAUGCCAUUUCAUCUAAUGACUAACUGCACUGUUGAACAACCAAUCUUUGGUGCAAACUACAUUAAAGGGACAAUUCAGGCAGCUCCAGACGGUGGCUGGGAAGGAUCAGCUACUUUUAAAAUGGCCUUCAGGAAAGGAGGUGCCAUCGAGUUUGCCCAGCUGCUGGCCAAAGCCGCCUCUGCUGCUGCCCAAGGAACUCCACUCACAGUUUCAAGUUUCUGGAUGAGUCCUUUAGGAAUCAUUGUCAUAGCUGGGGAGAGGAGCACGUGUGCCCCACGGGCAUACCAAGCUGCCUAUGGGGUCCCACCUGCGGGACACGGAGCCCCACCUCCCAGAUAUGAUGUCCUGCCUCCUGGAUAUGGAACUAGGAUGUAUGGAUCCCCUCCUCCUCUAUAUGGAGCUACCCCUGUGGGCUAUGGAGUCCUGUCUCCUGGAUAUGAAGCCCCCACUAUGGAGUACGGAGUCCCACCUCCCAGAUAUGGAGUCCCACCUCCCAGAUACGGAACUACAGCUGUGGUGUCUGGUUCUCCACCUCCCAGAUAUGAAGCCCCACCUGUGGGUUAUGAGACUUUGCCACCUGCUCAGUUGGAAGCAGGGUAUCCCAUUUCUGUGGCAGGCCAGGCUCCUGGAUUCCAGACAUCUUUUCCCUCUACCUCAUCUUCACAAGCUCAUUCUCCCCCCGUCUAAGAUGUAAACCUUGAAGUUUCACCAAGCAAAUCUGCACACUAGCAUUGAAGUCAAGAAAGAACAUUAGGUAUAUGAUCCCAGCCUCAUCCUAGUCGUUGGUCCCUCACCUUGGAAGUUCAGUCAUAGGGCAGAACUAAGCUUAUCUCCAUGCCUUGAUUUUAAAAGCAGUGUCACUCUUGAUUAGCUGGAUAAGGGAGUAGUAGGCUAA